CUAAAAUUUCAGAUAAAAAUUAUGGUGUACCAAAUUUGAAUUAGUUUAUCAAAAUUUAUCAAAAAUGUUUUAGGCUAUAAAUUUUAAUUGGGUUUUGAGAAAAUCCUAUGUAUAUUUUGAAUUUUAUAGUAUUUUUAUGAAUGCAUAUGAACAACUAAAAUUUUUAUAUAAACAUCUGAAAUGGUUAACCAAACAAGUGCACUAUCACCACCUGGACGGAUACAAGUGGUCCAAAUCAAGGCCCUGGAUCCUUUUUCACCAUUAUUUGACCAAUCUACGUAUAGUGGAAGGCUAAAGAAUUGUUUUCGUAUUACAAAUCCACGACUAUUGUUUGCUCCAGAAAGUGAAUUAUUUCGGGCUCGAUGUAUUGUUGCAAAAUUUCGAAAAAGUAUACCUUUACCACCAUGUCUAACAAAGAAGGAAUUGGUAGAUGCAAGAAUACUAUACGAGUCAUCAUUUCAUCCUAUUACUGGUGAAAAAUUAUUUGCCUUAUCACGAUUAUGUGCACAAAUACCAAUGAAAGCUUUACUUCUGGGUAGUGUAUUAACAUAUUAUGAUUAUUGUAUGUGUGCGAAUUGGAUUCCGUGGAUAGGAACACAUGCACUCUAUCAGUCAUAUUUGGCAUUGUUGAAUUAUUCAAACCGAAGCUACUCGAAAUAUAAUACAUUUAAUAUGGUAUCAUCUUUCUUGGUAGGAUCAGGCACGGCUAUCGGAACACAUUUUCUUUUAUGUAAGAUGUUAGAGGAUUGCAAACACUACUUUCUACGUCGAUAUAUUCCUCUUGUAGCGGUUAGUGCGGCAACAGCUGUUAGCAUACCUGUAAUGAGAGCCAAAGAAAUGAACGAUGGCAUUCCAGUUUAUUACAGAAACGAAAACUUUCUUGGAUUUUCAAAACGUGCAGGAUCUCAAGCAAUUUAUGAUACAACUUGUUGUCGCCUUAUGUCAAUAGUGCCAGGAAUGUUUUUAGCUCCAUUUAUUAUGAACAAAUUAUACUGUCGUGGUCUUUUCUGCCGACAUCCAUGGCUUCAAUUACCAAUAAAUAUUGCAAUAAUGGGAGGAUCUUUACUACUCUCUGUACCAUUAGCAUGUGCUUUAUAUCCACAACGUUAUGAACUGCCAAUAAAAUGGUUCGAAGAAAACAUAAAGAAAGCUGCCUGUAGAGAGCCUGUGCCACCAAAACAUGCUUACUUUAUCAAAGGAAACUAACAACUGGCUAACAAAAAUAUUUUGUGAUAAUUGAUGUGUUCAAAAAUACUAUGUAAAAUAAUUAAUAAAUUAAU